GUAGGGCGUAUAGCUAGCAAAGCUUUUGUGUACUCCGUCGAGGACAAAAUCAGAAAUCGUUGUGGAGAUUAUAAUUGUUUCAUCAGGGUACAUAGACACAUUUGCUUAGUGUAAGUUAAAUCUACGUGCAUGAAAACUAAUCAGGCCGUAUCUACCCAUCAGGAGAAAGUAUUCUCAAUAUCGGGGAAAACCAUUUCUCUCAUUUCCCGACCGAAGCCAGUCGAUCCGUUUACUUUAAUCAACUCGCACGAAUCAAAUGCCAGAAAGGAGACAUUAAAUAGGAGUAUCGUCCACACUAGUGCUACGUAUGGGACGGUUCUCGAUGUAGAGUCAUACUUUCAAAUCCAAUAAGAUGCAUUGGUGAUCGAGAGAUUUCGACUUUGGUUAAGGCGUCAUUGACAACUCGUGUGCUAUCCAGAUGUACGUGCGAACAGUGGCGAGCAGGACCCGGGCCAAGCUAGUGCAUUGGUAUCGCGGUGCCAUACACCAUGUCGCUAGCGCGCAGCAUGGCAGUACAAGUUUCCGACUUCAUUCUUUAUGUUUCAAACUAUUUCUCCAUCAAAAACAUCUCUAGUAAAACGUGUUAUGAUACAAGCAAUGGAAAUAACGUGUUCCAACCAAAAUGGCCCGCGAUCUAUGUGGAUUAACACUAGCUUUGGAUUACUUGUUUAUUUAUCUGGUGAUUUAUGUUUGUGGUGUUUGUUCUCAAAUUAGAAUUCUAGGAAUUUGUGAUCAGGAAUUAGUGAGCAUGUGCUACGGAACUUUUCAGAAACAUUUCAAGGAAAAUCUUUAUCCAAACGGAAUAAAUGUUACCUGGAAGGUGUUUGAAGGAAGCUCAAAUUACGACCGUAAUUUAAGGAGUCUCGCAGAACUACCGCUGUCUAAUGUUUGGGAUGUAGGGGUCGCCCUAGGAAAUAGCCCGAUCAUCAAUGCAGCCACGACAUUCGCCGAGUCUGUCCAUCUUCCGCUCUUUGUUUAUGACACGUCCGAUGUGAAAACGCCCAUCUUCCCGGACUCUUUCAUCAGACUUUAUCCCGAUAAAUAUGACGUAGGAUUCACCGUGUCCAGCCUUUUCUUUCAUCAGAGAGAGACCGGAGUGUGUCUGGUUAUCCAGGACAGAUAUCUUGCAGAUGGCUUCCUGGACGGCUUUUGGGCCUUUGCAGGUGACCAAGACAGUAACUUUUCUAAAAGCAUCGUUAUCAGCAGCCAAGAUAACUUCAGAUUACUAUUUACAAAACUCCGUCAAAUAAACGAAAAUGGAUGUAAAGUUGUGAUAGUGCACUGUGAGUCAACUUCAGUAAAACGUGUCAUCGAAGUGGCAGAAAUGUCAGAGCUUUACAAAACUGGUUUCGCCUGGGUUCUAGUAGAUUCCAGAAUUACAAAGUUAACGGAUAUAGUGCUUCCGAGUGGAAUUCUUAUCGUUUCACCGAAACAGGAUACAGAACAUCUAUCUGAAAUUUUGAAGAGAAGUCUCACAUCUUUACAAACUAUCAUUCCGUCUGUUUAUUCCCAGCAUGCAUCAAGUUAUUCAGAUUUCCGGGAUCAUCUAUAUAGUUCUAUAACAGCUCUUGAAUACAACGAAUUAAACACAGGUCUCUCAUUCGACGCAAUUAAUAAGAGACGUUGCAAUAUAACCUUCCAACUCUUGAACAAAAAAGGCAACAGCUCAGGUAGCAGCUCUUCGAGCUGGGCGGAUGUAGGACAUUUCACAAACUACAUCAAUACUUUCAGGACAAUAGUUUGGCCUGGCAGUACAAUUUUUGGCCCUUUGGUGAACGAGGGACAGUUGUAUCGUGUUGUCACGAGACCCGCCGAACCGAUGGUGUUUAUCAAAAAUAAAACUGACAGUUCUGACCCCUGUUUAGGUGAAAUUAAAUGCUACAAAUCAGUGGGAUACAGUUCGAAGUUUCUUCAUCAUCCAAAUUUGUCAGAUGACGUACAUACAGCACUAGGGAACGAGUCGUACGAGAUGUACUGCUGUAGUGGCGUUGCGGUGGACUUACUAGAGGCACUUUCCAUAGAUCUCAAUUUUAACUUUUUGUUAUACUUCAAGGACGACAACGACUACGGAACCUAUGAAAAUGAGAGUUGGACUGGAAUGAUGGGAGAUUUAACAUCCGAAAAUGCUGAUAUCAUUAUUGGAGCUUUUAGUAUCAAUACAGAACGUUCCGAACACAUACUUUUCACGGAAGCAUUUCACAUUUCCGGUUAUUCAAUGGUUACACCAUCGGCACGUACGAAACCCGCGAUAGACGCCUUCCUGGCGCCUUUGGACUGGUCGGUGUAUUUCUGUAUAUUUCUUAGUGCCACUGUUACUGGAUUUGCAACUUCCAUUUUAGAAUGGAAUAGUCCAUUCGGACUAAAUCCUUGGGGCAAGAAACGAAGUAAGAACUAUACGUUGGGGUCAGGACUGGUAAUGGCAUUUUCGGUGUUGUUUGGACACACUGUCAGUACGAAAUCACCAAAGGGAUGGCCGAGUAAGGUACUGCAGAAUUUCUGGUCGGGAUUGGCCAUUUUCAUCGUGUCCAGUUAUACAGCAAACUUGGCUGCCUACCUAGCCGGCAACAUCGGCGAAGAUGAGAUUAGCAGCAUUUAUGACGAUAAGCUCAAUUCAAAAUCCGUGUUAGCCAUAAAAUCAAGCGCCGUCGUCCAAUACCUGAGUAAAGUCAACACACAUCUGAGUGGGCGAUUGAUUGAGAGAGAUUUCCAAACCAUCUCUGACGUCAUUUACUAUCUGAGAAGUGGAGGGCCCGAGGUGUACUUGGACGACACUACCAUCCUGGAAUACGCAGUCUCUGUGUACGAUACAAAUUGUUCCGUUAUCUUUUCCGGUCGGGAGUUUGGAGAGAAUCUGUACGGCUUUGGCCUUAACAAAAACGAUGUCUGGCUGAGGGACCGCCUCUCCGCACUCAUCAUGACCUACCUGGAGAGUGGAUACAUUGACGACAUCCAGCGGAGGUAUGUCAACCGCCGUGAAUGUAGUUCCAAAAGAAACACCUACAUCAAGUAUGGGUUGGAACACACGGGUGGUCUCUUUAUUGGCUUGGUAUGUGCCGUAUUCUGCGCCGUCAUGCUGAUUGGACUAGAGCAUAUCAUCUACCUGUACCUCGUGCCUUUCAUCAGGAAUAAACGCUCCAACAGCAAAUGGAAAAGUCGUAACCUCGAGUUCAUCAAUCAGCGUCUCUAUCGGACUAUAAUGAGUCAAAAACUGGUGUCACCUCAACAGACAGCUCGAGAGAUGGUCAAACUUAUGAAGGAUAGACAAUUCGCUAGACUAUUCCAGAAAAACGAGCUAAGCAGGCCAAAAGUUCCGCCACAGAACGACACAACCGGACUACGGUUUAUGGAUCUCACUGACAGUAUCAUGAGAUCUCAGAAGAACCAGGAAAAGCCGAUAUAUGACACUAACGAAAACAGUGUCAUCUUCUCAACAUCGUCAUCCGGGGCACUUUAUCAGGUCGCGGAGGAAAGCGAAAACGAGAACGAGGAUUCCUUAUUUGAUAAUGUAAAGUUCACAGUUGAGGACGAACAAUCGUGUGAGGAACAGGAAACGCCCAUUGGUAAUGUCUCGUCAACACUAGUGACAGUCGAAGUCUUACCCAGUUCUCAGUCGACACCAAACAAUCUUAAACGUUUAGAGGAAGGCGGCUUAGACACUCACCAGGGCAGCAAACCGGAUGCAAGUCCAAGGGUGCAGGUAAAUUGUUUAUGGAAAAGACACGCGUCGGCGAAAUAUCCCGUCCGGGAGGCAGAUCCGGUGAUACGAGAAGCUAGGACUAAACGGAUACUAUCUGAGACUAUUUCGGAUAAUCGGAUAUUCCCCGAGACAGUCUUGGAUAAGAAAUUUGCAGAUAAAAAAUUUUCUGGAAAAAAGUGUCCGGAGAAAAAACUUUCAGACAACACUUUUCCUGAUAAAACUACGCACAAUGAUUUACACCGAAAGUUUGGAACAUGGCCUUCUCUUCCGGCCAUGGAAAAUCGUUCACCGGAAGUAUCACACCGGAGAAAAGAAAGCCAUAAAAGUAGUCCUUCUAUGACGUCAUCGAUACUUGAUCAGACAACGUUAGACACCGCGAGACUUAUAUCCUCUCCUGGUAAUGAUUUCAGCGAUUCCGGGGAUAAUGAUAAUGUCAAUUAUUACAAACAUUCCUUAAAAAUGAAGGACAACCGAGUAAAGUCGACGAUUAGACGGCAUGCGAUAGCAAAGUUCCGUCGACAGUCGUCGUCAGUUUUGGAUGAAUGCGCAGUAGAUGCACUCUCGAAAGAAGACUUAAUGGUCCUAUGGAAAAGAUCUGAAAUCGAACUUCAGACGAAACUCAACAGAGUGACAUUGCAGAAUGCACAUUUGAAAAAACUUCUUCGGAUGGUUGAUAAAAGACGGGCGAGUAAAGGGAAUGAGGAGGAUCUAGACUCAGAGUUAUUGUGUACUCGGCUGUGAAGUAAUUCGGCGCAGACGUUAAGAGUGAUGAUGGUUAGGAUAACAAAAAAGUAGAGGUGAUGUUGUAUACUGUGUUUAAUACGGAUUGUGAAUUCCCUGAGCUUGGUUUACGUGUCCCGACCUCGGUUCAUGUAUCCUAAGCCUUGCUUAAAUGUCUCUGAGCUCGGUUUAAUGUCCUUGAGCUUGGUUCAAAUUAAUAACGUUCAUUGCUCUCACAGUACGGCGACUUUCAGCACCACGUGCGUCCGUCCGUAAUUGCACAAAAUAUGAAAAGUGUGUGUGAAGGGAAAUAACUGCGAUUGAUUUUGUCUGACAUAUUUUAAGAUGUCAUCUGUUUUUUUUUAUAUCAAAUGUAUUGGUUUCUCGUGGUUAUGUGGUGCUCUGUUUGUACACCACUCAUGUUUCUGAUAAACUUAGCAUUUUCAGUCUUUGUAAGAAUAUAAUGAUAAGUUAAACAAACUAAUGUUGAGUGAGUAUAUAUAGGUUAUGCUGAGCAUCGCUGCAUUACCGUAAAAAUGACCUGUGCCAAAUCUUCAUUUUCAAACUACUGUUCAGACUAGAACGAUAUAUUUAUCUGUUUUUACCACCAACUAGAACUCCCUGGAUGUCUUUUUGUAUAACAUAUCGGGUAUCUGAUGAAGGUAUUAACGAUGUUUUACUAUAUUGUAUUUCUGAUAUUUUCCUGGUCAAUCCAAUAUAUGUAUAUAUAGGCUAAACUUAGAUACUUUGAUAUCGAGUUUAUAGUAAUCCAUAAAAAAUCUCAUACUAUAUCACUCGUCUUCCCAAAAGGUAACUUGUCUUCGAUUUGUCUUGUAAUGUUUCAUGCAUCUGAUUUUAUGUGUUGAAUCCAAGUUUAAGGAAUCAGGAAAACAUUUUGUAGGUAUAUAAUACAGUUAAAUCUAGCAAAAAAGGUGAAAAAUAGGGUAUUUUAUACUUCAAAAUUUAGGCGAAGGGGUUACAUAAAUUUCUGUUCUGAUUAGAAAAUAAUUGCCUAGAUCAAUUUAACUUCUAAAUUUAAAAAGACUAUGCUAGUUUUGUCAAUUCAAAGAAGAUUCAUACAUAUCUGAUAAUACACUAUUAAGAUUUUGCUUUGAUUUCUUAUAUGUAUGGUCAAAAGAGCAGAAUUCACCUAAAAUCACAUAUUAUGUCAAAUUCUUAUCUUUGAUCAACAAUAGCUCAAAAACAAACACCAACAUAUUAAUUUCUUUUCAUUUUUGAUAUCUCUGUAUUCUUCCCUUUAAAAUGAGAUUUAACAUUUUAGUUAGGUUUAUAAAAUUACUUUUCACCAUAGCAGAUCCUUAAGAGACCACUUACGGGAAGUUGAAAUAAACGUGCGGACUCCCUGAUUAGAUAUACAAUGUAGAUAUGGUCCCUUAAUAUACAUAAUCUUAAAUAACUUGCUAUAAAAAGUGCCAAUCAUUAUGAAUAAUACGUUAAAAAUACAUCUAUACAAACACUGCAAAAUAUUUUUUCUGUGUAUUUAGUACCUAGUAAUGGUAAUGCUUUGGGGGAUUUAAAUGGUUGUUUCAACAGAGGGCCGCCUAAGAAAGACGGUCGCUUGGACAGAUUUGAUGUACUGAUACUUAGAUGUUGAGACCAAGGAUUAAGGUAAUCGACUGUAAACUGAUAUCGUAUCAUUUUACUUCAUUACAGCAAAAUAUGAUUUAAAAUGAAGCACUCCAAUUUUUUUUUCAAAUAUCAUACUGUCAUCGUAUAAUUAUUGGGUAACAAACGUAUUAAGUGUACUAAGAUAACAAACUGAAGUGUUUAUGUACCCUUCCAUAUUACUGAAUGUAGGAGAUCGCAAUCGAAUAGCAGUACUCUCAUAGACUUAGAGUGAUCUCCCCUUCACCAACGUGUUUGGAGGAGGAGUUUUUAUGGUACCGAAUCCCAUUCUAUUUUAUAGACUUUGAUGUCUUUUACGUUACUGUCUUUGACGUUUUAUUUAUAUAACAAAGUUCACAUAAUCUAUUCGUACAUAUACAUAUUUUAC